CGACAAACGAAACGUCGUGGGAGGUUCUGACCAUUUGUAUUUAUACCAUUUGUUUACGCAUGUAAACUCCGCCAACAAACACAUUCAGGCUACAUUUACUCACUUUGUCACCCUUUCUUUCUCUUUCUCACUCUCUCUUCCCUUUCCAUAAUCAAAUCACUACAAAUCACUAUAAAAAAGCCUUGUUCUCUCUGUGUGUUUUCAUUGUGAUUGACUCUCUCUCUCUCUCUCUCUCGGAGCUGAAAACCAAAAAAAAAGAAAAAUGGCUCUGAUGAGGUUGAGUAAGGGGGAUAUCUCUGGGUUCAAAUUCUUGUUCGCUUUGGCGAUCAUGUACGGUCUCAUGACGAUGCUUGUCCACCCUAUUCUCCACAUGAAGUUCGUUAAGCCUCUUGGGAUCGACGCGCCUCUCGAUCGCUUCUCGGAAGCCAGGGCUGUCCAACACAUCCGCGUUUUGUCCGAAGAUAUCGAUGGCCGCCAAGAAGGUCGAGCUGGUCUGCGAGAAGCUGCUGAUUAUAUCAAAGGACAGCUGGAAAUGAUAAAGGAGCGAGCUGGAUCAGAUAUUAGAAUAGAAAUUGAGGAGUCUGUUGUUAAUGGAUCCUUCAACAUGAUGUUCUUAGGGUACAGCAUAUCUCUGGGUUAUAGAAAUCAUACAAACAUCGUGAUGAGGAUAUCACCAGCAAAUUCACAGGACAGUGACCCAUCACUUUUAUUGAAUGGUCAUUUUGAUAGCCCGCUUGGUUCCCCAGGUGCUGGUGACUGUGGUUCAUGUGUUGCAUCAUUGCUGGAAGUAGCAAGGCUCACUGUAGACUCUAACUGGGUCCCACCUCGGCCUAUUAUUUUUCUUUUUAAUGGUGCUGAAGAACUAUUUAUGUUGGCUGCACAUGGUUUCAUGAAGACACAUAAAUGGCGUGAUACAAUUGGAGCUUUUAUAAAUGUGGAAGCAUCUGGUUCUGGAGGCCCUGACUUGGUUUGCCAAUCUGGACCUGGUUCAUGGCCUUCUCGCAUCUACGCUCAAUCAGCAGUGUACCCAAUGGCUCAUAGUGCGGCUCAGGAUGUUUUUCCAGUAAUUCCUGGAGAUACAGAUUACCGAAUAUUUUCCCAAGAUUAUGGCAAUAUUCCUGGGCUGGAUAUCAUCUUUCUCCUUGGUGGUUAUUUUUAUCAUACCUCCUAUGAUACAAUUGAGAAACUAUUACCUGGGAGCAUCCAAGCACGUGGGGACAAUUUGUUCAGCAUAAUUAAGGCCUUCACCAAUUCUUCUAUGCUACAAAAUGCCCGUGAUAGAGAAUCUUUUGCUGCUACUGCCAACAAUUACGUGGAUCAGGAUGUUUUCUUUGAUUACUUAACAUGGUUCAUGAUAGUCUAUUCAAGAAGGGUAGCUCUUAUACUUCAUAGUAUUCCUAUUGCCAUCUUCCUUACUAUGCCCUUAUUUUUGUGUUUGCUGUAUUCUGGAUUGCGUUCUUGGUUUGCAAUCUUCUGUGAUUUUACAAAAGGACUGCUGUUCCACACUACUGGGGUUAUACUUGCAAUUAUUGUUCCGAUUUUAUUUUCGAUCAUAAGAUUGCUGUUCUCUAGUCAUGCGAUGAGCUGGUUUGCUCAUCCAUACUUGGCUUUCAUGAUGUUUGUCCCCUGUUCACUUGUUGGUCUGUUAAUUCCAAGAAUCUUUUGGAGUUGCUUUCCUCUCUCUCAAGAGGUUUCAGUUCUUAAAACUUCAAGAGAGGCACUAUCUGAUGAAGCAAGAUUUUGGGGAGCAUUUGGUUAUCAUGCUAUAUUUACAUUGGCUUAUCUUGUAGCUGGCUUGAGUGGAGGCUUCUUGACUUUUUUCCUGUCUGCUUCUAUGCUUGUUUCAUGGGUUUCCUCUCGCUUGGCAGUCAAAUAUUAUGGAUGCCAAUUGCUCAGGUCAACAGUUAUUUACAUAAUACCUCUAAUUCCAUGCCUUACAUAUGGUGUUUACUUCGGGGGGUUUCUUGUUCAAUUUGUGAUUGAAAAGAUGGGCAUGGUGGGUGCUAUUCCACCCCCUUACGGGUAUUUUCUUCCAGAUAUUAUGGUGGCAGCAACAAUUGGAGUUGUAACUGGUUUGUGUGUGGGCCCCCUACUACCUAUAUGUGGUAAUUGGUUAGCAAGGUCAUCAGUUCUGCAAUUUUUGCUGCAUCUUACUGUGCUUGCCUUGGCCCUGUCAUCGCAAUUCUUUCCAUAUAGCAACGAUGCACCUAAGAGGGUUGCUUUUCAGCAUACAUUCAUUACUGCAGAUGCAAAUCAGGUUGUAGACUCCACGUAUGAUUUUUCUGUGGUGGAUUCCAAUUCUCUACUUUUCCUUUUCAAAUAUGUACCUGAAGUGGCAAAGGAAUUGCACAUUGGUUCAGAGUUAUCUUUUGAAACUGCAAUGUCGUCUCACCAGGAGAGUUGGAUGGCAACAUACCCAGUUACUUUUUUGUUCUCAAGAAGCUUGAAGUUCCCCACAGGAAGCGAUGAUGUUUUGAAGCAGUAUAGAUAUUUCCCACAUUUGUCUGAGUAUAAGCCACGUACAAUUUUUAGCAAAGGAUCUCGAAGAGUAUACUUGGAACUUUCCUUAGGUUCAUUAGAGGAGAUUUGGGUUACAGUCCUUAAUAUUACUGGUCCCUUAUCCGGUUGGUCAUUUGCAGAUAAUAUUCUUCCAGCUCCUGAAAUAAUUCGCGGUUGUCCACCUUCAUAUAUAUUGAGACUCAGUGGAACCAGCCACGAGAAUUGGACCUUCUGGUUAGAGGCUAGCAGUUCUGAAAAAUUAAGGGUGCAAGUUUCUGUAUUAGACCAAAAUUUAUUUGGUCCGGCAAAGAAGUUGAAAAGCCUUUUCCCUGACUGGGUGGAUGUUACUGCUUAUUCUAGCUUUAUUUCCAAUUAUAUCUUUUAGCUCCACAACGGCAGGGUUUUUCGCAAGCCUGCCAAUGCAUUGGUUGGAAAAUCAAAUCCUGUAUGAGAUGGUUUAAUUAAAAAUCAAUAGGUUUCAAAAUUCAUCUGAUUUUUUUUUUUUUUUUUUUUUUUUGUUUGGCUGAACACUUCAUUCUUCUCCAUCAUGCCAAUAGUAGGACCAAGACCAAUGCCGUAAACCCUCACCAGCUCCCACGGAUGUAUUUUUUUUGUCACAGUAUUUUGACUAGUUUUAUGAGAAGAUGGAACUAUACUGAAGGGACAAAUAAUAAUGUCAGUAGGUCUUGUAUACCCAUGACGGCAGCAUUGCCAAGAAAUUGCAACAAAUGAUUGAUGUAGCAGAUUCCCUAGUGAAAAUUGUUUUGAUUCAGGAAAAUUUGAAAGAAAAAUUUACAUUGAUGUCA